GGAGAGGAGGCGGGACGUACGGCUGGAAGCGGCAUGUGCGGUACUUCCGGAUAUUGCUUCCCCCUGCGGGUUAAUUUCACCCGGUUUUAGCAGAGCGGGAAAGUUGCCUACUAUCACUUACUAACAUUUUCCCAUUAUACAAGUUGUUUGAAGGGUGGAAGCUGAGAGAACAGUUUCUGUUGUGCAAGUUUUGGUCGGCUGAGGGCAUAUCUAGUUUCGGUAGGCCCCGUGCACAUAUUUUUUUUAAUCCCGCAAAUCUUUUACUUAAAUGUCAGUAGUUUGCGUAUCAAAUCCCAAUAAAUCUACCAAAGGCGAAGUUGAAGACGCUGCUGGUUUCAAAACAACAAAGCACAGAGGAAACGGUGACCAGCGCAGAUUAGAUUGUGGGAGGGAAGAUUACCUAAGUGAUGUGUCUAUCAUUCUGCCAGUUCAUAAUGCAGUGAGAUGGUUGGAUGAGUGCCUUCAGUCAGUUUUGGACCAGGAUUUCCAGGGAUCAAUCCAGCUAUCAGUCUUCAACGAUGCAAGCAAGGAUGGUUCGAUGAAUAUUAUAGAAAAAUGGCAAACGAAACUUGAGGAGAAAGGUAUACAUGUUUUGAUUGGUGGACGUGAAUCUCCACACCCAAAAGGAGUGGGUUUUGCCAAGAAUCGGGCCAUUGAACAAAGUGUUGGGAGAUUCCUUUGCUUUCUGGAUGCAGAUGAUGUCAUGAUGCCACAAAGGGUGAGGCUACAGUAUGAUGCAGCCCUUGGACACCCCCAUUGUAUAAUCGGUUGCCAAGUUAAGAGAGAACCAGAGGGCUCAACUGAGCGAUAUACACGUUGGAUUAACAGUCUGACACAAGAGCAACUGGUUACUCAGGUUUUUACUUCCCAUGGUCCUACUGUCAUCAUGCCAACAUGGUUCUGCUCUCGAGAAUGGUUUGACUCCAUUGGGAAGUUUGAUGAAAGCGGAAAAGGUGUCCCUGAAGAUUUGAUGUUCUUCUAUGAAAGUCUUCGGAAGGGAGGAGGCAUGUUUCGAGUGGAUCACUGUCUGCUUGUCUAUCGCUAUCACUCAGAGGCUGCAACACAUGCCGUUUUAGAGGAAACUAUUUGGAAGGAACGUGUGAGAUUCCUGGAGGAGCGAGUUCUAAAUGGUUGGCCAUCGUUUACAAUUUGGAAUGCUGGGAAACAGGGGAGAAAGUUGUACAGAUGUUUGUCAGCUGCCAAUCAGAAAAAGGUUGCCUCCUUUUGUGAUGUGGAUCAAAGUAAGAUAACAAAAGGCUUCUACACUUAUGAAGAAUCAAAGAUCAACCCAAAGCCCAAAAUUCCCAUUUGCCAUUUUAUGGAAGCCAAGCCCCCUUUCAUCAUCUGUGUGAAGCUGGACCUGACAGGUGGCAGGUUUGAAGAAAAUUUGAAUUCGCUGAAGCUGAAGGAAGGAGUGGACUACUAUCAUUUCAGCUGAGGACCUCAGGCUAAUAUCCAUGGCUGAUUUCCACAAUGCCUGCAAGAACGUAAGGAUAUCAGAAGUGCAAGCAGCAAUAGGCUAUUUGGCCUCUCACACCUGCUCCUUUCACUAAGAUCAAGGUUGAACUUUUACCUCAGCGCCACUUUCUUGCACAGAAGAUAGGAAAAUAUAUUGUUCCUAUUCAAAUUAUGUAUUAUGUGAAGGUUACUUCAAAAUUGGGUCCAGUGUUUUUGUUUAGAGCCAUAAAGUCAAACAGGUCCUUCAGCUCACUGAGUCCAUGCUGACCAUCAAGCACCCACGUACGUUAAUCCCAUUUUAUUCUCCCCACAUUUCCAUCAACUUGCCCCCAGAUUCUACCACUUGCAGACCUGUUGCGGGCAAAAAGUGUAGACGGGCAAAAAAGUUGGCAUGGACGUGGUGGGCCAAAAGACUCGUUUCUGUGCUGUACAACUCUAUGACUCAUCUACACACUAAGGGCAACACACAAAGAAAGCGCAUUGCAUUGAGAUUGGCAGUGGGAUGUCAGUUAAUCUAUCUCCAUUCUAACACCAAUGUAUUGGACACAGCACUCACUAAUUGGUAUUGGUACUGGCAUUGGUUUAUUAUUGUCACUUGUACCGAGGUAGUGAAAAACUUGUCUUGCAUACCAAUCGUACAGAUCAAUUCAUUACACAGUGCAGUUGCAUUGGGUUAGUACAGAGUGCAUUGACAUAGUACAGGUAAAAACAAUAACAGUACAGAGUAAAAUGUCACAGCUACAGAGAAAGUGCAAUGCAAUAAGGUGCAAGGUCACAACAAGGUAGAUUGUGAGGUCAGAGUCCAUCUCAUCAUAUAAGGGAACUGUUCAAUAGUCUUAUCACAAUGGGGUAGAAGCUGUCCUUAAGUCUGGUGGCACAUGCCCUCAGGCUCCUGUAUCUUCUACCUGAUGGAAGAGGAGAGAAGAGAGAGUUACCCAGGUGGGUGGGGUCUUUGAUUAUGAAUUACAGUUCAGAGUGCUCAGAGUACUUAGAACAUCAUCACUGGUUAUUUCCUCACUGAUUGCGGCCUUUUUAUUACUCUGCAUAUACUCUACAUACUGCAAAGCUUGCCUUACAGAUCACCCCACACCUUGCAGUGUUGAGGGACUACUUGUAGCAAGAGAUUCUGUCAGGACAGUGGAUCGUGCGGGGGAUCUCCACACAAAGGAGAUUGCUUUGUUCCCGCCCCUCUGUAUUUUUUUCAUCAAUUCCUUCCUGUUAGGAAGUGCACAGAUCUCAUUUGAACAUAAUUCUGAAUGUAAUAGCACUUUUUUACUGCAUUUUUGGACAGUUUCAUAAUCUUUUGCAGUGCAUUUGACUGGCUGUUAUUGCUAUACAGAGCACGUAGUUAGCACAUCAAAACUGGUGGGAUCCAAUUUCUCCGCACAGUUUUAACUUUCCCGAUUUCCUUUGAAGCCGUGCCAUUUAAAGAGCCAACACCCAAACUGCAUUCUUUGUGAUUAGCAAGGAUCUGUGACCCUCUAUGGCAUCAAAUGCAAACUCACACAUGUACCUGGAAUGCUUUGUACAUGGAGGUCAAGAUCACAGUCACCCUCUGCUUCCAAUAUCUCAGCUACAUCUCACAGUUUACUGUUCACUGACUGAACUAGGAAGGCCAUCUAAACUCCAUAAUCAAGGAGAGAGGACUUCAUCUACUUAGCCUUCACCCCAAUGAUGUAGGAAGAGCAUGAAAAAAACUUGCAUGCAUUACUGCUUCCUGAAAGAGGAGAGAUUCAGAGGCUGCUCUCACCUUAUAGAGACCUCCCUGGUUAUACCCUGCCAGGACCCAUCUCGUUUAGCCCGUGAUAGUUUCCAUGGCCCCCAAAACACAAAGAACAUGCCUCCAGUGGACGUUGUUUUGAAGAGUCUGUUCUGACUCCCUGCCUCCAAGACCAUUCUCCGAACCCCCUUGCAUCACAGCAGUUAUUCAGUAGCAACCGUCCUCAGUAGCUGGAAGAGUUUUGCUUUAAUAAUGGUAUAUCCUUUGUAGAGGUGGCUGCAGAGUUCACACCUAUUAGGCUAAAUGCCAGCAGGUGUGAGAAGUUCAAUGGAUCACAGUGUUGGUUUCAGCAAGAUGUUGCACAGCAAUGCAGUUUUGUGAACUUCGCAGCUGAUGAUCUUUGUACGACUUUCACAGCGGUGAUGCAGUGAACCACAAUAAUGUUUCAAAUGGCAAUGAACCCACAAUAAUUUUUUAAAUGGCAAUAAAGCUAUUUCUUACCA